AUUGCCAAGGAGAAAAAAAGAGGCGAGAUGAAGAGGAACGACCAACAAUAUCAGACGAUGAACCGACGUUCCAUAUCCACAACGGCGCCGUAUCGAGGAAAGAGCAUAGCCAAGACUACUGUCAUCGUCGUCUCUUUGCUGUUCAUAUUGGCUGGUCUCUUCGACUUCUUGGGUUUCCUUGAUUUGACCACUUUUACAGGUUUCACGCUAAGAGCAACGGCGAACACGAAGCACGAAUUUCCCGACAAAUGCGACGUCGUGGAGAAACAAACGGUGCGUGUUCCCAAGUCCGGGGAAACCAAUCGCAGCCGUCGAUCAAACGUGACGUGUCCAUCUUACUUCCGUUGGAUCCACGAGGAUCUACGGCCGUGGAAAGAGGCGGGAAUCACCCGAGACAUGAUCGAACGGUCCAAGGAGACCGCUAAUUUCAGGCUGGUCAUCCUCGACGGUAGGGUGUACGUUGAGAAGUACAGGGAAGCGAUUCAGACCAGAGACGUUUUUACGCUGUGGGGAAUCCUACAGCUGUUACGGUGGUACCCCGGGAGAUUGCCUGAUCUCGAGCUCAUGUUUGACUGCGGCGACCGCCCCACCGUCCGAUCUGAUGACUUCCUGGGUCAACGAGCGGGCCCACCUCCUCUGUUCCGUUACUGCUCCGACGACGCCAGCUUGGACAUCGUCUUCCCCGAUUGGUCCUUCUGGGGCUGGGCGGAAGUGAAUAUAAAACCGUGGGAAAAAUCUCUGGAGGCCAUAGAAGAAGGGAACAAGAAGAGCCAAUGGGAGGAUAGGAUACCGUACGCUUAUUGGAAAGGGAACCCGAACGUGGACCCCACCCGAAUCGAUCUUCUCCGGUGCAACGUCUCCGACCGGGAGGGUUGGAACACCCGUCUCUAUAUUCAGGAUUGGGAGAGAGAAAACAAAGAAGGAUUCAAGAACUCAAACUUAGAAAACCAGUGCAACCACAGAUACAAGAUAUAUAUAGAAGGAUGGGCAUGGUCGGUGAGCGAGAAGUACAUCAUGGCUUGUGACUCCAUGACGUUGUACGUCAAGCCGCGUUUUUAUGAUUUUUACGUGAGAGGGAUGGUGCCAUUGCGGCACUAUUGGCCCAUCAGAGACGACUCCAAGUGCAUUUCUCUCAAAUUCGCCGUCCAUUGGGGCAAUAACCAUUUCGAAAAGGCGCGUGAGAUUGCAGAAGCAGGGAGUAGAUUCAUACGAGAGGAAGUGAAAAUGGAGUUCGUGUACGACUACAUGUUCCACUUGCUAAACGAGUACGCCAAGCUGCUGAAGUUCAGACCGGAGAUCCCAAGAGGUGGGAAGGAGAUAACUCCGGAAAACAUGGGAUGUCCAGCGACGGGACGGUGGAGGGAGUUCAUGUCGGAAUCGAUGGUGAUGUCUCCGAGUGAAAGGUCCCCUUGUGUUAUGCCUCCCCCAUACGACCCUCUGGCUCUAAAAGAGGUUCUCCAGACAAAGGCUAACGCCACGCGACAAGUCCAAAUUUGGGAGGAUGAGUAUUGGCGUGACGUCAACAACAAAGCUUGAAUCUUUUUAGAAUAAUAUGAAAUUUGGUAAUAAAAGAUACUUUUUUUU